AUGGCAUUACAUGGUCAGGAUCUCUAUGUUGCAAUUGGUCGACAAAUCCGCCACACAAGCCUGGCGGAAUUGAAAAAGGGUGUUGAGAACCAUGGGCAACAGGCUGCCACAGAAUAUAUUGAGAAAAAGCAGCAUAAGGUUCUCGAGAUCCAAUAUAUCGACUUUGAUGUUCGAAGGCUCGUCAUGAAUCCUGAUGGCAACUUACUGGCGAUUGUGGGCGAUGAAAAAAUUGUAGUCGCAGCAUUAACCAAAACAGUCAGACAGGAUCCUAAAAAUGUCAAUAUCAAGUCAUUUGUCGUAGGAGAAUUCUAUCAUAUCAACAAGGGGCCUUCCAAGAUCGUAAAAGUCCUUUGGCACCCUCUCAGCAAAGGAUACUCUCAUGUCUUGGUCUUGACACAUGACAGUCUCUUGAGAAUGUAUGAUGUUGCUGUGAAUCCAGAUGAACCGGAACAGGUGUUCAGCUUCUCAGAGGCUGCGCAAUCCUCGGGCACAUAUGGUGUGGAUACGGAUAAUGCAGCCUCAUUUUGUUUUGGAUCGAAACAUUCCCCAUGGGGACAACUAUCUGUGUAUUGUCUGACACAAUGGGGAGAUAUUUACAUGAUGUGUCCUGUAUUGCCUUCAACAUGUUUGCUUGACACUUCUGAUCUGGACGACAUUCGCUAUCAUAUGGGACAAGAGAUAGCCGCUGGUGGAGUUUCUAAGGCGCUGGUACAAGCUAAGCGAGACUGGCUUGACAGCCUGUUGGAUUCUUUGCAGCCCCAUCCAUUCUCAGAUGAGAUGUUUAUUGCACACAACCCAGUGCUUAACCUUGCACGGCCAGCUCGACAAGGACCAUUUUUAUAUCAACCAGCACCUAUUGAAUUGGAAGAUGAUGAUAACAGGGCAAAUGAUAUCCUUUAUUUGGAAACUGAAACAGCAGGGGUGCUCGCCAUGGCUUAUUCGAGCGGGCGAGUUGAUAUCUGCAUUGUAGUUGAUCACCCCAAGCCCUGCUGGACCCUUCCAAGGAAGCUAAAGAGCAAUGGCAAGCAAAUUGAUGGUGAAGUGAACAGUAUGGAAAAUGGCCUUCCAGCGGUCUCUGUAUACGAAUCGAUUGACUUGGGAUUGCUAAAGAUCUUUGGUGUUUCAAGCAUAUCAUCAACGGGAGGGUACAGCUUUCAGGAGAGAAGAAUGGGUAUUCCCAACCACCCAGUCCUAGAGGCAGAUCCUAAGUAUGGCGACACAUUUUACGUAUAUCAUGAAGCGGGCGCACAUUGCGUGUCGGUCCGGCCAUGGUUAGAAGAGCUGGUUAAGAUUAAUGAGAUCGCCAGUCAAGGGGCGAACGCAGAGCUGGACGCUAGGAUUAUCAAAUUUAAUGAAUCGCAUAUCAAGAGCAGCGUCAGCUGCAUUGUCACCACUAGACCGACUAAGACAAGUAUCCCUGCGCCAAUUGUGGGCUUUGCGGUGGUCACGGACUCGUACUUGGAGUAUUCACUAUUACUAUUGACUUCUUCACUACAACUAAUUGGGCUGGAGCUAUUGACAAGGGAUUCAAUUGAAAACACCACUCUCCCAUCGACACCAACUCCAGUAACAUCAGUAGUUGUACAAAAGGAAAACGAGUAUCAAAAUUCAUUGACGCAACCAGGGUUUGGGAGCCAGGAAGGCCUGUUGGCUUUGAACGGGUUGCCACUGCAGCCUAAGAUUGUUCUUCCACCCGGUAUAGGCUCAGCUAAGAUUGUUGUCACAGAGGAGAACCUACAAUUUCUCGGCAAGAUGGUUCAUGGCUAUCGCGAGUCAUUACGUGAGGUCUACACAGCCUGUGAUCUUGCUCAACAACGAUUGAUAGCACAGGAGAACGAGUAUAUCCGUCAACAAAAGAGUGUGGAGAAGUGCCAAGAAAGAUUCAAGGCGUUCUCUAGUAAGAUUCAGGACCAAGCAGACCGACAGGAUAUACAAGCAGCGCUGCAAAAGAAGCUGAUGGCACGCGCAGAUGCAUUGCUGCAGAAAAUGAAAGAGUCGCGUGAACCAGAGUUGAGUGCAGCGGAGAAGGAAUGGGGACAGGAAGUGCUCAAAAGAGAGAGAGCAGUAAAGGCAUUUGAUGAGAGACGACAUAAGGUGCAAACGCAAUAUGAGAUCUUGAAGAGGCGGAUACAAGAAUUGCAAGGCUCUAUUGAUGACGAAUCAUCAUAUUCAUCCACAGGUUUUGGUCGCCAGUCUGUAUGGCAGAAGCAGAAACAGCCUGUGAAACGUUACGGAACCGGUCAGAUCCAAUCUGUCGAAAGAUCUUUGGUGGACGAGUAA